UACUGAACGGUGAUGACACACGGAGCGGUGGCACCGAGUCGGCAGCAGCCUUGGUGAUGACACACGGAGCGGUUGUGCCGACUCGGCGGCAGCCUAGUGAUAAGGAUUCUGCACGUCAAUUCGACCGCCGAGUGCGACAUACGAUGUGAGAGGUAGCAUUGCACAGAUGGAUCUUCAUGAGGAACGUAUAAUACUUCUGUCACUGAUUUACUUACGAUGGAGACAGAGAAGGAAACAUCGGAGAAUAUGGAUUCACCCAAUUGUGAGAGAUAGGACUUCAAAAGGUCUAUUUUACACUUUAUUUAAUCAAGCACGACAAGAUGGAGAUAAAUUUUAUAAUUUCAUUCGUAUGUCGAGCGAAUCUUUCAACGAACUGUUAAAUAUUUUAAAGCAAAAACUGAGAAAGCUAGACACUCUUAUGAGAAGCAGUAUUCCACCCGAAGAAAAACUGGUGAUAACUCUCAGUAAGUACAGAAAACAUACACACAUAGGUUCAAGUAUUUAUAAAACAAACUCUAUAACAAGUAUCUAGCAUUUCACAUGAAACAUUUAUGUACUGCAACAUUUAAAAAAGACUGGUAUCUGAGUCUUCUUCUGGACUGAAACUCGACACACACGUAGCCACGGAAUCUGCUGGAGAUGGAGCUGCUACUAUUGCGUGUGAACAAAAUUGUGAUGGAGACUGUAUUUCAAGCGAUGAUUGACUGCCACUUUCGUAUUGUUGUUUCUUCUGGUACGUUGGAAGAGACGAAUCCAAAGAAUAAAUCUGUUGAUGUUGUUGUUGUGGUGGUGAUUGAACCAGAAAAUUCUGUGCGAAGUAUUCCUGCUGUGGGUACUGCACUGGAUUUCUUUGCGUGUUCACUGUAAGAUACUGUUGCCGCUGUUGAUGUUGAGAAUGGUCAUGAGACAUUUCAUAUUUCAAUGCAUUGCAUUAUGUCCACUCUGGCUUUCAUAUUCAAAGCCCCCGGUAAAGCUUUAAAACUGGGAAGGAGUGAUAACAAGAAAUGACGAUUAUCAUCAUCUUCAGCUAUUUCCAUUCUCUCUCUGCUUUCUUUAUUGCUCUCCAGAGCUUGGAAGAUCUUUGCCUCCACUGGAUGAAGUUUCCUCUUUUUCCCUAAAUGCUGACUUCAUGAGGAAACUGUUUGAAUGGGAGUUUCAGCUUCACUGGAAGGUUCAGAAUUGUUAUCUCUGACUUCACCUACUUCCAGAUGUAAGGAACUGGUAGUUUUGCACGGUAAUACGAUAUCCUGUAGAAAAGACAGUUGUUCUGCGUACAUGUAUGGUGUUUUCUUCCCAGCUGCACAACCAGAUUUCCCUUUUCUUGCCUGUAUUUCUCUGGUAUAUCUGUCUUGCACGUUUUUCCACUUCUUGUGCAGUACUUCCCGUAGAUCAAAUAAAAAUGUCACUUGAAAUGGAAUUAUUCAGGAGAAAUUAAUAUAUUAUUAAUUUGUGUGUUUCAAAAACUUUCAGGUAUCUGGCAACGGGAUGCUCCCUGAUGGACUUGCACUAUACAUUCCGAGUGGGAAUAUCAACAGCAGGGGCCAUUGUCAGAGAAGUCUGUGAAGCAAUAUGGACAUGUUUAGCGAAUCAUGCAUUACCUAAGCUCUACACAGAAAAAUGGCUGGAAAUAGCUGAGGGAUAUGAAAAGUAUGCUAACUUUCCUCAUUGUUUAGGCGCAAUUGAUGGAAAGCACGUGAGAGUUGUGCAACCUCCGAACAGUGGUUCUAUGUACUAUAACUACAAAAACUAUUUCUCCAUCGUGUUGUUUGCCAUGUGCGAUGCUAAUUAUUUAUUUACAUACAUAGACGUGGGAUCAUAUGGGAAAUCAAGUGAUUCAGGAAUAUUCAAAAACUCUAAACUCUUUGAAAAGCUGUCUGAUGGUUCAUUAGGAAUUCCUCCACCAACACAAAUUGCAGAUUCAUCUCUACAUUAUCUGUAUGUCACAGUUGGUGACAAGGCCUUCCCACUGUCAACAAACUUACUUAGACCUUAUGGUGGCAGGCAUCUAACUGAUACCAAGAAAAUAUUCAACUACAGACUGUCUAGAGCCAGGUGCUAUAUAGAAUGCUCCUUUGGUAUUUUAGCAAAUAAGUGGAGAAUAUUUCACAGACCACUAAAUGUAGAUAUUGAAUUUUCUGAAGUUUUAAUUAAGGCUGCUUGUGUACUACACAAUUUUGUACGACAAAGGGAUGGAAAACGUGAGGACAACUUCCCACAAUGUAGUAUGCAGAAGUUAACGUUUGACAUGGUAAGCAGAGGAAAUCCGAAAGCUGUAAGUGUUAGAGAUAAAUUUGCUCACUAUUUUUCAGAAAUUGCUCCAUUAGAUUGGCAGAAUAAGGUCACUGAAGGUUAAUUUCGGAUUGUAUUCGUGACUAUCGAGGUCCACCAUAAUAUUUUACUUAAGAUAUAAACUUACCUAAUGU